AGGUUCUUCUACCCGGUAACAGCUGAUGCUGCGGUCACAUGACCCUCCUCCGGGUUUUCCUGCAGCUCUCAGUCAGACUGGAUCAGUUUGUCUGCUGGACUCAGAGAGAUGGCUUCAUCCUUCCUCUGCCUCACCCUCCUCUUCAUCACCAUCUACUCAGCAGACGGGUUUAGGAAGUUUGACGUGGCUCGGUGUGUGUUUAACUCCACGGAGCUGAAGGACAUCGAGUUCAUCAGGUCCAGUUACUUCAACAAGCUGGAGUUCGCCAGGUUCUCCAGCAGUUUGGGGAAGUUCGUCGGAUUCUCGGAGUUCGGAGUAAAACAGGCCGAAACCUGGAACAAGGAUCCUUCAUACAUGGCUGCUCUGAGACUGGAGAAGGAGCGGUACUGCCAACAGAACAUCGGCGUCUGGUACAACAAUAUUCUACCUAAAUCAGCUGAACCCUACGUCAGGCUGUACUCCACCACGCCCCCUGCUGGUCGCCAUCCCGCCAUGUUGGUCUGCAGAGUCUACGACUUCUACCCUAAAACCAUCAGAGUCAGCUGGCUCAGAGACGGACAGGAAGUCACCUCUGAUGUCACUUCCACCGAUGAGAUGGAGGACGGUGAUUGGUACUACCAGAUCCACUCCCACCUGGAGUACACACCCAGGUCUGGAGAGAAGAUCGCCUGUAAGGUGGAACACGCCAGCCUGAAGGAACCUCUGAUAAAGGACUGGGACCCGUCCAUGCCUGAGUCAGAAAGAAACAAGAUCGCCGUCGGAGCCUCAGGACUGAUCCUGGGUCUGAUCUUAUCUCUGGCUGGAUUCAUCUACUACAGGAGGAAUGCCCGAGGUCGUAUUCUGGUUCCCUCUAUUUGAGACUGGAUCCUGGUCCUGGUCCUGGUCCCGGUCCUGGUCCCGGUUCCAGUCCUGGUCGUGGUCCUGGUUCUGAUUCCAGUCCUGAUCCUGGUCCUGAUCCUGGUCCCAGUCCCGGUCCUGGUCCCAGUCCCGGUCCUUGUGUGACGACUCAUCCAGACCUUUGGACUGAACCAGGACGGUUGUACAGGUUCUACCAGGUUUUGUACAUAUGCUCCUCAUCUUAUCAGCUGGAUUUCCUGGUUUCCAGGUCACUCAGAAACAUCCGGAUUAGUUCAGGUUUAGUGGUUUUUAUCAGCCACGCUUGAUGGUCUCUUUUCUGACCAUAAAUGGUUCCUUCUAAACCUUGAACGACCAGCUUUCUGGUAAAACCACAUGUAUUUACACAACCUGAACAUCUCUGAAACUUUCAUUUAUUCAUUUCAAAUUUCCUCCAAAACAGAAACACAAGCAGGUCCACAAACAUUUUACUCAUCCAGAAUUAAUCAUCUGAUCCAUGACUGAAGCUCUGGCUUACUACACCUUUAUUAUUCCUCCUCUACCUGCAGAUAUUCCCACUGGCAGCACGUCAGCUCAUUUAACUACGCAGGAUCUGAAAACGUCCUAUGGCUGCAGGAAGUCGGGACUCGUCCUUCUGAUGGAGAACCCUGUUGAUGAUAUUGAGACCUUCUGUGAAGACCCAGCCAGUCGUUAAAGGCUGUGAUCAGGACUGUUUUUACAGGACUGUUAAUCUUCAGAGACCCUGGGAGUGAAAAGAUUGUAGGAACACAUGAAAGGACUUUAUUUUCUUCUUCUGUGGUCGGUCAGUGUGAACCUCCCUCCAGGGGUCCAGCACCAGAGACCGUUGUUUCCAGGGGGACGGGCGAUGUAAGGAUGUGUCCUGAGACUGGACUUCUAACAUUGUCAGCUGGCCUGUGUGUUAACGUGUCUUCUGGUUGUGUUUGAACUCAGUAAACAGCUGUGUCUUCUCACCGA